UUCUUUUCACACAGUAACAUUGGCUUACACAGUAAUGUUUCUGAGGACACAGAUGGAGCAAAGUCAUGCUGACAUUUUUGCAUUGAUUAAACCACAUUUGGGUGAGAUGGAGCCUUCAGCUUCCUGUUUACCUGGAUUCUUUAUGGCCUUCCUUCUCUUCCAGACCACAGUACUCACCCAAGCUAUGAGCUUGGAUAUACAGAUUAACAUUCAGGUUCCAGGUACAGAAGGGAUACUGGUGGAGUGUACUUCAGGAAGCUUGAUCCCACCUGCUGAGAUGACAUGGAGAGACAGCAAGGGGAAUGUAAUUCCACAGGCAACCACAUUUGACUCUCAGGACAAAGCUGGGUUAUUACAUUUGAAGAGCAGCAUUCUUCUGAAGAAUGGAGCCCAAGGUCCUAUUACUUGCUCAAUUUACAAUCUAACUACUAGUCAGGAGAAAAAGAGAAGUAUUAUCCUACCAGAUGUCCUAUUCAAAUCGGAAUCUAUAUCAUUGAUGUCAAACAAAUUUUCAUGUCCUUUAAUAUAUUUAAUCAUUAUAUUUUUUCUUAAUUGUCUCAGAGGAAUGCUUGAUUUCUAUUGUCUCAAAGGAAAACCUGUUUGUUUCAGAGAACUAAUGAAGAAAAUCAAGGAAGUUUUGAAUAGUAAAAUGGGAGCUUGCUGCCCACUUAUCUGGGAGUUUCUACUGUUAGUUUCAUAUAUUGCCUUCCUCCCCCUCUACUUGAAGUUCAGAAGCAGAGCUUCUAUUUUGAAUGAUGUAUACCCAUUAUAUAGUAAUUGGCUGUGGGACAUAUGCAUAAUCUUGAGUGUACUGAUGAUAUUUUUCACUGGGCUCAUUAUGUUUCUACUUUGGACCCUAAACCGUUAUGGUCAGAUGUCAUACUUACCUUCCACAAGCAUGGAUCUUUCCAAACAUGACUCUGAGCAAAAUAGUUCUCAAUCUUCUGAGUUCCAAGAAACUUGUGAUGUGAACAGAGAAAUGCUACUAGGAACAUUUGAAGAGACAAUAUUUAGUCAACACCAAGAAAGUUAUGAAGAAGAUAGCUUCAACCCUCUUCAGCCCUUAAGAUUGAAUUGCAGUCUUAAUUGCAAAACUUGAGGCAGUAAAGAAAGACAGAAAAGGAUGUCUUGAACUAUAAAAUUUAUAUUUAUAAAACAUACAAUCAAUGGGGUCUUCUGAUUACAUUUUAUUAUGCUUUAAAAGUAUAAAUUUUUAAAAUACAUUUUAGUAUGUUAGAAUUACAUUAUAUUCCCUCUUCUCUUUUCUCUCUCCAGCUCCUCCCAGGUAUCCUCCUUUCAAUGCUUUCCAUGCACCCCUGCUCAAACUGAUACUCUAUUGAUUAUUACUGUUAAACAUGUAACUAUGUAUAUGUAUGCAAAGAUAUAUAAAUACAACCUUCUGCUCUGUUUUUGUUGUUUGUGUCUAUAUAAUGUCAGGGCAAAAUUUAGAGAUUUUGAUGCCAAGAAGUAUCCACAUGGGUUGUGAUAUCCUUCUCCACAUCUUAAAUUCAGUAAAGAUUUAAUCAAUGUGAAUUUUUAAAAAAUUAUUUCUUGACAAUUUUUCUUCAAGUAUGAAAAUGUAUUUUUUUUAAGAAAGGAUAAUUGAA